CAACGGCGACAAUUGUAUUCUUUGGGAAAAUAAAAGAGUAUGUUGAAGCUGGAAUGCAUAUUCUUUUUUUCUCUUUUCUCUCUUUGCAAUAUACUCUCCUUCCCUCAUGCUGUACUUAGGUAUUCCAUACUGCUGGCUCAAGUCUCGCUUCGCUCCCUUGCUUCCCGACCCCGCUAAAUUUCAACUUGAAGUCUCGAAGCCUUCUAUCCUUGCGCACCUCAAUAUCUCCCUACAUCACCACCCUCCCUCCACCAUCCAGGUAAAUACCAAAACAGGUACCGGUGAGCGCCCCAGCCAGCAUCGUAUAUAA